AGACGCUGCCUGAGUGAACAACUGAAACAAAGUAGUUUUCCUAAAAUAGUGACAAUUCAACUAAUGCAAAAAUCAAUACAAAUACAAAUAAAGCAUGUCAGAAGUGAUCGAGACCAGCCAGGCAGCCGCAGAGGAUGCUUCGGCUCACGAUUUUAUAGAACUCAAAUCUAUGGAAGAUGUGGAGAAACUGGAGCAAAAACAAAUUUACGAUUACAUAGAAAAAUUACACGGAAUUAUAAGGAAAUAUGAUACAAAGAUUGCAUCAUAUAAGCAAAGACUAAAACAUUUUCUCAACAAGGAAGCAAAAAAUUCGGAAGUAAAACUAGCGAAUGGCGAAAUAAAAGAGACAAAGGAUAAUGGUGUGGAAGGUGAAGAGGGAAAAGAGCUUUCAGCCACGGCUGCCUUUAGCUUUGUGGACGAAAUGCGCCAAGCGGCAAAGCAUGCAGAAAACUUGAAUAAUUUUGUCUAUGAGCCCACGUCGGGCUUGUACUAUGAUCCCAAGACUGGCUACUACUAUAAUGCGGAAUAUGGUCUCUAUUAUGAUGGCAAUACGGGCUGCUACUACAGCUACGAUCAGUCGAAAGAUUCGUAUGAAUUCCAUUCACAGGCGCAGGUGCAGGCAAACAGCGCCGCUGGCAGCGGCGACAAGGAGCAGCAUGAUAAUGAUAAUGAGGAGGACAAUCUGCACGAUGAGGUUGAGUUCGAUGAAUACGGUGGCGUGAUCACGGAUAAAGAAACGCUGAAGCAAAUCAAGGCAGAGAAGCAAAAGCUCAGAGAUCGCGUUGCCAAGAGCAAGCGUAAGGCGAAAAAGAAGCAUGCGAAAAAAAAGAAGAGAAAGGAUCAUCGCCACAAGUCGAAGAAGCGUCACAGGGACUCGGACAGCGAGGGGAGUCGUAGGCGCAGGGCUCGCGAUGUGGAGGACGGCGAACUGUCACAAUCGUCGAGCGGCUCCAGUUCGGAGUCGAGUGAUGGGGAGAGCAGCAACAGCAACGGGGAGGGUGACGAUGAGGAGUCCUCCGGCGUGCCCAUCUUCAAGGCCAACAGUCGCUUUCAAGAUAUUGCCAAAAAGUAUCCACCGUCUCUGCGCAUCAUUGUGCAGGAGACAAACGUCCAGGACCUUACCGUGGGCAGCCUUCACCUGAUUACCUACAAGGGCGGCUCGCUGGGCAGGGAAGGAGCACACGAUGUCAUCAUUCCGGAUGUGAAUGUCAGCAAGUGCCAUCUCAACUUCCACUACGAUACUAAGCAGGGCGUCUACAAAUGCCGUGAUCUGGGCUCUCGCAACGGCACCAUUCUCAAUGGCUAUCGCAUGUCCGAAUCGAAGGAACCUAGCGAAACAUUGGAUCUAGUGCAUGGCAGCGUAAUUAGCAUUGGCCAGACCAAGUUGCUCUGCCAUGUGCACGAGGGGAAUAGCACUUGCGGCUUGUGUGAGCCUGGACUGCUCAUCGAGACGCAACCAGCUGCAAGUGCGCCAGCCGUGGCCGGAAAUGUGCUCUCGCACAAGGAGCAGUUGAAGAAGCUUCAAAAGAAGUACGGCCUGGAGAAUGAAAAAUUUGUGGAGACGAGCGGCAAUCCCAAUCCAAAUUACAAUGAUCGCAGUGCUCAGCGACGCAUCAAAGUGGGCAGCAGCACGGACAAGGAGAAGACUGAGGUGGCCUGCGUGCACACUGAAAUAGCCAGCUCCAACAAGGGCUUCAAAAUGCUCAGCCAACUUGGCUGGCAGAAGGGCGAAACGCUGGGCAAGGGCAACCAGGGAUUGCUAACUCCUAUCAAUGUCGUGGCCAACGAGGGCACCACUGGCCUUGGCAGCACCGAUACUUCGGCCAAAAGCGUCGCGCGAUCCAUGGAUAAGCGUAAAUUGGCCAAUUUGAAGAUAACCCAAGCACGUUAUCAGCGCGCGAAAGAUAUAUUCGUAUUAUCCGAUGAGAGCGAUUAAUAAAAAUUGUUGUUUUUGUUGCUAUUUUUUGUUUUU